CUAGCCCUAACCUCCCAGUGGCCUGUGACGGAACAAAGCGUUUUUCAGGAAACUGAGGCGAGUGUACGUGCGUUAGUGUUAAUGUCAGUUGUUCCCGGAAAACCUAAGAUUGUCACAAUGCGGGGAGACAGAACCGACGAUGAAUCGGAUCGGAGCGAAGCGAGUCAUGAGCUCGAGAUCGACCUCGUUGCUGCCACCAGCUUCGGAGCCAAUCGCAAGAAACGGAUGGCCAGGCAGAGACGAGUUAACCUCCUCAACCCCUUGCCUUUUGCCUCUCUGCCAACCUCGAACUCGCACGUGCUAACGCUGCCCGCUCACUCUCACUCUCAGGACUGUUUCACCCUUCCUGCACGUGAAAUUGAUGCAAGGAGGUUGAGGUUCCUCCUCCAAAAGGAACUUCGAAACAGUGACGUGAGCUCCCUCGGGAGAAUGGUACUCCCAAAAAGAGCAGCAGAAGCUUAUCUCCCAGCUCUUGAUGCUAAGGAAGGGUUCUACAUCGACAUGGACGAUAUGAAUGGUCAACAAGUGUGGAACUUCAAGUAUAGGUUUUGGCCCAAUAACAAUAGCCGAAUGUACGUACUAGAGAACACUGGGGAGUUUGUGAGGACUCAUGGCUUGCAAUCUGGAGACUUCAUUAUGCUGUACAAAGAUGAACAAAGCCAGAAAUAUGUCAUUCGAGCUCGGAAGUAUUUGGAUCAAGACAUUUUUUGUGAUUACACUAUGAAUGGCUUCUUUGGUAUCAACACUCGCAAUGAUCGCUCUGUUCCUGACAUCGAGGUAAACAAAUCUAGUUUCCUCCCAGUAAAUGUUGCAACAGCAGAUGAUCUAGGCAUGUCACUCCUCGGCGACAACACCUUCUUCGAUGAGUUCCCACUAACUUUUGAAUCAGUGCUAGACUACCCAAAACUUGAACCAAUUGAACCAAUAACAAGCUUUGGAUCUGUCGAUAAUGUAUCUUUCGAUGACUUCUUAUGAAAUAACCAAUACCACUACUGCAUGACUAAGGAAAUAUCCAACUAUCUAUUACCUAUAUAACUGGUGGGUAAUUGCUCAUUUUGUUGAACUGAAAGCAAUACUUUUUUGUAUCUUUGGCACUUGUGCAAUAAAUAAAUAUGAACAGCUAAAGAGACAAUGAAAUUACAUA